AUGGGAAGAAGGCGCUGGAACAAGAAGAACCCGGAAAAGGCACGGGCACAGCAGCAGCAGCGACGGCCUGAGGAUGGAGGCGAUCCCCCGGUUCGACUUUUGGCGCUCCAGCCGAACAACUCCGUGGUCGGCGUCGCCAUGGGCAACCGUGUGACUUUUGUCAACUACCAAACGGGGGAGGAAGUCCGACUCGAGCCGGCUCCAAAUCCUCAGCAAGCAGCAGCACCAUCAGGCGGCGCGACUGCCAGUCCGGCCACGACUGCAGCCCCGGCUGCCCCUCACGCAGGCUGCCCUGUCCGUGUUCUUCAUUUUAGCCCCGACGGCCAUUUCCUGCUCACGGGAGGCGACGACAAGGCCGACCAGGCGGCCGCCGCUGCUGCUGCCGCUGCUGCUGCUGCUGCUGCCGGGUCAUCUUGGCGUUGCGUCGCCGCUUGGCGCACACCGAAAAAGACCAGCGCUGGCGGCUUUAGCCUGGACGGCGCGUUUGCGCUGUUUGUGGACAAAUUUGGUGAUGUGCUGGUCGGCCGGGUGCCGGCAGCAGCAGCAGCAGCAGCAGUCGCAUCUGGGGAAGGAGGAGGUGUAGGGGCAGCGGCCGGAUCCGGCGCAGCAAGGGGGGGAGGGGAGGGGGUUAGCAGCGCCGGUGCUUUGGAGGUCCCUGUCUCGCUGCUGGGUCACUUUUGUACCAUCGUGACGGGUGUGGCGCCCUCGCCCUGUGGCCGCUUCUUGGCGACUAGCGACCGGGAGUAUAAGGUGCGCGUAAGCGUGCUGCCUCAGGAUCUGCUACAGGGCUCGUACGAGAUCCAGGGUUACUGCCUAGGACACCAGGAGUUUGUGUCGUGCAUCGCCUUUGCCGUACAGCAAACCAACGACGCCGGGGACGCCUCCGUCUCCGCCAGCUCGGCACGCCAGCCCAGCGUGUUGCUUUCCGGCAGUGGCGAUGGUACGGUGCGGGUGUGGGACUACUGCACCUGUACAGAGCUGGCGUCGUACGUGGCGUCGGCGCCGUCCGCCGGCGCAGCCGCGGGCACAGGCGAUGCUGUGGUGGCUGCUACCGCUACUGCCGCUGCCGGAGACGGCAGUAGCGCUCCCGAAGAGGCCGGCGGAGGCGGGGAAUUGGGAGAUGACGAGGCUGACGGCGGUGCAGCGGAGGAGGGGGAUGAUGGUGGUGGUGAUGAUGAUGAUGAUGACGGGGGCAACGUUGACGGGGAAGGCGAGGGGGAGGGGGUCGGUGGCGGCGGUGGUGACGGAGAUGGUGGCGGCUUCGAGGAGCCUCAGAGGCGGGGCAAGGGCCCCCAGUGCGCACCAGUGCUGAGUCUGGCAGUGGCAUCUGACGGGUGUACGGUGGCUGUCGUAGUGGAGGGUGAUGACGAGAUACAGCUGCUGUCCCUGGACUGGACUACCCACUGCCUUUCUCUGCGACAGAGGCUGCGGUGGCCGGAUGUUCGGUAUCCCUGCCAGGUGGCCUUUGGACCCAUGGGUCACUUGUGGGUCGUGGGGGGAGUGCCACUGCCGACGGCCAAAUCUGCGCAUAUCGGGGUUGCGAAGCGGGGCUCUGACGGGCAGUUUGCAGUUUGUACGGAGGAGCUGCUGCCGCCGCCUGUACGGGCACUGCUGGAGGUUCGAGAGGAGGACGAGGAGGCCAAAUUGUCCGAAGGCGGCGAGCUGUUUGCGUAUUCUAAGCGCCUGCGGAAACCGGCGUACGAUACCGAGGAAAUGCAGAAUUUCAAACGGAAGCGCAACGACUACAAGGAGACGCAGCGUCUGGCGGCACUUCGACUGCGGCAGGAUGAGCAAGCAAAACAAAAGCAGCAACAACAACAACAGCAACAGCAACAGCAACAGGAAACAUCGCAGCAGCAGGGGCAGGAACCGCACAGGGAGGGCGGUGGUGAGGUGGUGGUGGUGAAGGAUGAGGGGAAGGAGCUCAUGGACACAACGGCACCGUAG